AUGAUAUUGGAAACUCUCAAUCCAAUGCACUACAUCACCAGCCUAGUACCAGAUGUGAUGCCAAUGGCCACAGUGCCCAUACUCAUUCUUAUGUGCUUUCUAUUUCUAAUAUGGAAUCAUGAAGAAACAUCAUCAAUACCAGGGCCAGGAUACUGUAUGGGAAUUGGCCCCCUCAUUUCACAUGGGAGAUUUCUCUGGAUGGGAGUUGGUAAUGCCUGCAACUACUACAAUAAGACAUAUGGAGAAUUUGUGAGAGUUUGGAUCAGCGGUGAAGAAACAUUUAUAAUCAGCAAAUCUUCAAGUGUAUUCCAUGUAAUGAAACAUUGGAACUAUGUUUCUCGAUUUGGGAGCAAGCUUGGAUUACAGUGCAUUGGCAUGUAUGAAAAUGGGAUCAUAUUUAAUAACAACCCAGCACAUUGGAAAGAAAUUCGACCCUUUUUUACCAAAGCCCUGUCUGGUCCUGGUCUCGUGCGUAUGAUAGCCAUUUGUGUUGAAUCAACAAUUGAUCACCUGGAUAAACUAGAAGAAGUGACCACUGAAGUAGGAAACAUCAAUGUGUUGAAUCUUAUGAGACGGAUCAUGCUUGACACAUCUAACAAACUCUUUCUAGGGAUCCCUUUGGAUGAAAGUGCCAUUGUACUUAAGAUUCAGAACUACUUUGACGCUUGGCAAGCACUUUUAUUAAAGCCUGACAUCUUUUUUAAGAUUUCUUGGCUGUGCAAGAAAUAUGAAGAGGCAGUCAAAGAUUUGAAAGGCGCAAUGGAAAUCUUAAUAGAACAGAAGCGACAACAGCUUUCCACCGUUGAAAAGUUAGAUGAGCACAUGGAUUUUGCAUCCCAGCUGAUUUUUGCACAGAACAGAGGAGAUCUGACUGCUGAGAAUGUGAACCAGUGUGUGCUGGAGAUGAUGAUUGCUGCUCCUGAUACUCUGUCUGUGACUCUCUUCUUUAUGCUAAUACUGAUUGCGGAGCACCCCACAGUGGAAGAGAAGAUGAUGAGGGAGAUUGAAACUGUUAUGGGUGACAGAGAUGUACAGAGUGAUGACAUACCAAACCUGAAAAUUGUGGAGAACUUUAUUUAUGAGAGCAUGAGAUACCAGCCUGUUGUGGACUUGAUCAUGAGAAAAGCUUUACAAGAUGAUGUGAUUGAUGGCUAUCCUGUGAAAAAGGGAACAAACAUUAUUCUCAACAUUGGACGCAUGCAUAAGCUUGAAUUCUUCCCAAAACCAAAUGAGUUUUCUCUUGAAAAUUUUGAGAAGAAUGUUCCUUCACGCUAUUUUCAACCGUUUGGAUUUGGCCCUCGGGGCUGUGUAGGAAAGUUUAUUGCCAUGGUAAUGAUGAAAGCAAUUCUGGUGACUCUUCUGAGACGGUGCAGAGUACAGACAAUGAAAGGAAGAGGACUUAACAACAUCCAGAAAAACAAUGACUUAUCCAUGCACCCAAUAGAAAGGCAGCCUCUGCUGGAAAUGGUUUUUACACCAAGAAGAAAUACAAAUAAGAAGCAGAGUGACUAAAAUGGAUCAGCAUUAAAGUUAGAGGGCGUUCUCAGCCAGUCACUUUAAGAAAUGUUCCUCCUUCCUAGGUAAAGAUAUAAUGUAAAACGUUUUGUUGCCCCUAAAUCACUACAGCUCCAAGUGACCACCUGUUCGGCCCAUACAAUAGAACUAAAGUUCUGGCCAUAGCUUCAAUGUAAUAAAAUAAGAUCAAAUUUGCAAAAUAGUCCUGUUGUUGGGUGACAUCGCACUAUACACAGGACUCCUGACUCCUUUUUAAAACUGUCAAGUUCAGAUGAAGUCACAUGUCACUUUUCAAAUGGUGCAAAGUCAGAGCCUUGGGGAUCAAAAUCACAUGCCUGGUGUGUGCUAAAUUCCAGGACUCAUUUCUGGGUUUGUUACCUUCUGUCCCCAAGUUGGACUUAGCAGUACUUACUUACCAUGAAAGUUCUAAUCAUCUGUUUUCAAACACAUCUGAAUAAUACUAAAUUUGACUUUAAGAAUAUGAAACAAUUUAAAAUUCAUAAAGCUGUCACACUAAAAACAUAUACAUGUAUUACAUAUCUACAAUAAUGUCCUUUAUAAUAUUUAGAAUACAUUUAAGUUCUGAAAAGUUUGUAAAAAGUCAUUCAAAACAUUUAUUUACCGUGUUUUGCUGUUAUAUUAAGCAGAUACCAAGGACUCGGUGUUAGACUGAUUGUAAUUUUCAGAGAACCAAGAAAUUUAACAGUUGAGAAAACUGUUCUGUACUUUUAAAAUCCAGUGUUCUGAUACAGAUUAUGUUUAAGAGGGUCUGUAAACAUUUCAGGAAUGACCUUAGAACAGAACAUUUUAGGAAUGACCUUAGAAUAAAGUAAUGACUAUGAAACAUUACCAUUAGUAUCAUACAGAAGGAGUGGGGCAAUGCCCACAGCUCUGUUUCUGACAAAACUUCCCAUCUUGCUUCAGUUUGGAGAAGUUCAAAUUCUUCCUAAACUGCUUAAGUAGUACCAAAUCCUGAUUCAAUCUAUUUUUAAAUGCAGUUCUACUUCAUAGUAAGAUUUAGAGUUGUUCCCAUAUCCCCACACCACAAAGCAGGAGUGAAAAUCCCUCCCUAAUUAUCCACAUAGCUCUUAGUGCUUUUCCUGUUCUAAAGCAUCUAAGCAUCUUGCUCCAUAUACUCUUGCUCAAGAGCCAGUCUUUUUUUCUUUUUUUUUUUUUUCCUUUAAAUACAGUGAGGUCAAAAUGAGUGGGCUGUACUCCUCUACUCAAGGUAAGAUGCAAGUUUCACAGGGUACUGCUCAGAGUUUUGCAGUACCCUGUGAAGUACCCUGUGCAGUACCCUGCAGUUGGCAAAGGAGGAAAGUUCUGAAGCAACAAGUAGAUUUUUCAAAAACACUUUUAAAAGUUUGUGGGUUUUGUUAUUGUUUGUGUGUUUGUUUGUUUUUACUUUUUUUUAAUAUAAUUACUAAUAUUAAAAUUAGACUUAGUUUUAUAUAUGGUCCUUUACAGGAGAACUAGAUAACUACCUACAUUUCUUCUUGAAAAUGGAAAUUAAAAUAUCUCGAAAUCUGUGAAAUAUACCUUGACAUUUAUUACUAGCCUAAUGAUAAGUUGUUUAUUUGGUGAAGAAGGAAAAGAGCUCCCUGGUUUACUGACAACAGUCCUUGAAAGAAACUUUCCAUUUUUGGUAAGCUUCAGUGUUCAUGUUGUGUAACUUAAAAAAAGGGGGUUUCAGGGUAAAGCCUCUUGAUAAAACCAACCAACAAACAAUAGGUUUAUAUUAAUCUUUUCCUCCAAAGACACUUUAACCAUAAACAGAAAAAAAAAAAAAUAAUUGUUUAUGUCCUUGCUUAGAAAACUUAUUAAUGUUAAUUAGUGUAAUCCCUCAGACCACUGCUCUCAGGUACAGGUCUGGCAGAAGACCACAUAUUCUGUAGCAUAUAAAAACUACACACAACCAACAAAUAAACGUUUGUUCCAGCUAAGGGUAAUGAAUUAGGUCAGGUUGGAAUUGGUGAUCAAGAAGAGCUGCACAUCUAGGUUAUUUCUCGAAACAGCAUGGAAGCUUUCUACAGGAUUUUUUUUUUUUUUAAUCAAACUUGAAAAUGGAAUAAUUUAUUGUAGCUAGGUUACUUUUAAAGCUUUCUCUGUAGCAUUGGCAUAGUACCCAAAGAUGAUACAACAGUGAAGUCCCAUACUACUUGUAAUUACAGACAAAACUGAACAUGCAUAUAAAUAGGAUUUCCAUUUUUUUAGUCAUUAAGUGAUUUAGUGGCGUGAACAUUUGGAAUACCUAAUGUAACCUCUAUUUCUACAUACACUGCAAGUUUUAAACUAAGAAAUACAGUUAGUUGGAAAAAAGAAGUGGGUAGAGGGUAGCAUCCAAAUUAAACCCCAUUCUUCCUCAUUCUGUACCAUAAAACACCAAAAAGAGUGCUUUGAUGGCCAUGAAUUUUUCAUCUGAAUAAGAACUUUAAAAAAAAAUAAUCCACUGAACCUUCUUUUGCUUGGGAAUAAACUAUCACUUUAUAUACACUGUGCAUCUUCAUUCAUUUCAGACACAAACAUUUUGAAUAGUGAUAAUUUACUCUCUGGUUUUCCAUCUCACAAUUAUAGGUCUCUCAGAACAUUUUUUUUCUCAAGGUUGGAACUAAUAAACUAUGUUUAUCAUUCAAAUUUUAAAAUAAUUAUAUGAAAUCAUGUAGACAGGAAAAUGUAUGCUGCUCUGAUUUCUUUAAUAUAUUAUAUACUGAUGGCAUUAUAGGGUGGAAUUUCAUAAGCAUGAUUACUGUAAUUAGAAGAAUUUACAGAAGAAAUAAAGAAGGAAUAAGGCAGUUUAAUUUUUUACCUUUUGUAAACAAGCCUGCAAAAUUAUUUUGUAUUGUAUUUUAAUUACAUUUUCUCAUAUGCUUUGCAAAUAGUGUUUUUGGUCCUCUAGUUUCUACUGUACCUUAUUUUGCCCACUUUUGGACAAUGGAGCUGUUAGUUAAUCUGAGCUGUUAGAUAAUCUGAGCCCAGUUCUCCGUGUCUUUAUUAUGGCUGUUAUGCAGUGGUCUAUUUGCAUCAGUAUUUGCAUGCUAAGUCCCAUUUCACUUCCUCAUACUUAAAUUUGAAAACAGUUAUUGAUGAAGCAGCAUUUCAGAGAUUACCAUGUGGAUAUAAACAAGUUAAAUCUUUUAGAUAUAUAUACCCUAUUGUAUAUAACUCUGAUUUUAAAUGGUGUUUUAUUACCAGGCACUGUAAAAAUGUAGGUGACUUUUAGAACGACAUCAAAUCUACUAUCAUCAAGUGACUAUUCUAUUAAUGUUCAAUCUAUUCACACAGAUCAAACUUGAAGACUGUUUAAUACAUCACUGUGAUUAUGGGCUGUUCACAGCACAUAAAUGUGGUAUGCUGUUAGAAAAUAAAACAAUCAUCAAAUAAAAUCUGUAUGCAAAAAAAAAAAAAAAGUUUAAAAUUGUUUCAUCAUGUUUUCCCAAUCUGAAAAAAAAAUAUAUCACAAAAAAGUGUUUAAAUUUAUGAAUGUGUAUGGAUGCAUAAACUGAUGAUUAAAAUAUUAGAUACAAUGGAUGAAACACAAAAUCUGCUAAAAUCAAAUUUUCCACUAAGUUCCAAGGAUCUAAAAUUGCACAAAUGAUUUUAAUAAUACAAUGGCAGAAAUAGAGUAAAUAAUUUAAGUUCAUAUGAGACUUCUUGUCUGUAAGGGCAUUUCUUCAAAGAUUGAAAAGAAGGGACAUUGUUUUAGUGAUUCUGAAGAAAAUAGGGAUUUGUGGAUGUAAAAGGAAAAAAAAAUCUUGACUUAACAACAUAAAUAUAAAGGGUCUCAGCUACUUGUAAGAAAAGUAUCUAAUAAAAAUGAAACAGAACAAGGAAAUAAACAGAAUACAUGAUUCAAAAAAAAUCUUUUUCUACUUAUAUGCUGGCAUGACAAAUUCAGUUUGUUUCCGUGAAACUUUUGCUUUUGAAUGAAAGCUUUAAAAGAGCUAAUUCUUGUAUUUGGAUAAGUUACAGAAACAAAGGUAGUAAAUGGCAUACAAUAGAAAUCGCAAGAACUCUUUAAAAUAGCUGCAAAUGAAUAUAUUUUUCUAAAAGCAAUCUGAUCAUGAGACACUCUCAGCAAAAAAAAAAAAAAAAAAAAAAAAAA